AUGAAGGUCAUCAAGUCUCAGUCUGGUCCAGGGGGCAAGCCUCACAGAGGCUUUGAAAACCUGGCUCACCUCAAGCCAUUUAGCCCCCCUGUGUCGUGGAGACUGGAAGAACAUACGUUCGAAACUGUCAUCAAGAUCAUGGAUGAAUAUGAGUUUGAUUCUAAUGCAAGCUGCAAUGUUUUGGACAAUGAGUCCAAAAGGAUCAUGAGCGACACCAAAUUUUCGGCACCUAUCAUGGUGAUCCUGGUGAUGAUGAUGGUGACUUUCGUGGUGCUUAUUGUUUUGGGGAACGCGUUGGUCAUAUUUGCCUUUAAAGUGGACAAGACUCUGAGAAGGCAGAGCAACUACUACUUUCUGAAUCUGGCAAUAUCAGAUUUUCUAGUCGGUGCAUUCUGCAUCCCUGUGUACAUUCCCUACAUCCUGACAGGCCGUUGGAUGCUUGGCCGGGGUCUGUGUAAGCUUUGGUUGGUCAUGGACUACCUUCUGUGUACCGCCUCUGUCUUUAACAUCGUCUUAAUCAGCUACGACCGCUUCCUGUCUGUCACUUGUGCGAUGACUUACCGUGCCAAACAAGGCAUGACUCACCGAGCCAUUGUGAAGAUGGUGGCUGUCUGGGUGCUGGCCUUCCUGCUCUAUGGCCCUGCAAUCAUCUUCUGGGAUCUGGUUGUUGGCCGCAGUUGUGUGCCAACUGAUAAGUGCUUCGCCGAGUUCUACUACACCUGGUACUUCCUCCUGAGCGCCUCCAUGCUGGAGUUCUUCUCUCCCUUCAUCUCAGUCACCUUCUUCAACCUCAGUAUCUACCUCAACAUCCGCCGGAGGAGGCUCCUGCACAACAAGGAGGAGGCCCCCGCCCACGCCCAGCCCCCGGCCGUCUCUGCAUCGGGGGAGUGCAGCCGUCUGGCCUCCCUCUUCUCCCGGAAUUCGGCGGUGGGGAAGAAGCCCUCUGCGUCGGGCGAGAGGGGCUCAGGGUCCUUCCACUCCCAGACCUCCCCGACCCCGGUGGGGAAACUCGAGAUGUCCUCGGCCAGGCGGGGCCAGCGCAGCCGGCUGUCCAGGGACAAGAAGAUCGCCAAGUCUCUGGCCAUCAUCGUGUGUGUGUUUGCUGUCUGCUGGGCUCCAUACACCCUGCUGAUGAUCAUCCGUGCCGCCUGCCGGGGGACAUGCGUCCAGGAACACGGGUACGAGGUCACCUUCUGGCUUCUGUGGUUCAACUCGGCCGUUAACCCGUUCUUGUAUCCGCUCUGCCACAGCAGCUUCCGGAGGGCCUUUGGCAAGAUCCUCUGUCCCAAGAAACGCUUCACUCAGUCCCAGUCUGACGCGUCUGUUUUAACGACACACCACAAGAACAGCUCCUGAACACAUCCGUUACAUUCUCACUUUCAUCACGCUUGGAGUUGGAACAGAGUGUAGUGUUGUCAAACGGACUAGUGUUACCUGUUCUGGAGUUUGUGUUAUUACCCUUUCAAAACGUUUUAUGUGUUGAGAUGUAGGAACGUACUGAUGUUUCCUGUGGUCCGUGUCCACAGUUAAAGCCUGUGUAGUGUAUUCAUCGUGCUCACUGGGCACUUCAUCAUGUUAGCCAAAAGUCGUUUUUACCAUUUA